AUGGCUUCUGCUUCAUUCUCCGGAGCUGCGGCGGUGUCGGAUCUGCUGCGGAGCUCGUGCAACAGCGUGAACGGCGAGGCCUUCCCGCUCAGGUCGCUGGGUAGGACGCGGCUGGGAGUGGGUUUGAGGAGGGAUAGGAGGGACUCUGACGCAGGGGUGGUGGUGGCGAAGAUCCGGAAGGAGAAGAGGCACGACUAUCCGUGGCCUGGGACGAACCAGAUCGACUCCAAUGCCAAAGGAGGCCAGCUCAGCUAUCUCUCUCAUUUCAAACCCCUCAAGGAGAAGCCUAAGCCCGUAACCCUGCCAUUCGAGAAGCCCCUCAUGGAUCUCAAGAAGAAGAUCGUCGACGUAAAGUCCUCCUCAUCUCUGCCUCUUUCGCUUCUCAUUCCGAUCAAGACAGUAUGUGCUCGACACGAAUGGCUCUGUAGUUCUGGAACUAUUUAUCUCAUCUUUCAUGUUCAAAUUUGUGGCUGCGCGUGGAAGGACUCUGCUGCAUGUAUGUUGUUCGGUCGCAAAGGCGUUUGGUUCACCUGAUUUAUUCCUUAACAACUUGCAUACAGAUGUGUGGAGUGGGUUGGAACUUGGUGGUGAGAUGGAUAGCUUUUAAUCUGUGUCUGAGCUUGUUAGUCUCUAUUUGCAGGUGAGGAAAAUGGCGGAUGAGACUGGAUUGGACUUCAGUGACCAGAUCAACUCACUUGAAACUAAGUAUCAGCUGGUAAUUUCUGAAUAUGAUUCAUAUCUUUCCGUGCAGAGGAAGUAGCGUUCUUCCCUGCAUUUCAUUGAACGUGUAUGCAUAUAGAGUUACAGGCUUGGAGUUGGCCAGCCUUUAACGUUUGCUUGAGUGACAGGCUUGUGUUGGGAUAUAUUCUUUGAAUUUUUUGAGCUCUAUUUUCACAUUAGUUUCUUUUUGACGUCUCUCUUAAAUACUAGGAGCUCUUGAUUUCAGGCUCUGAGAGAUCUGUAUACUCAUCUGACACCCAUACAACGACUGAGCAUUGCCCGACACCCAAACAGGCCAACUUUUCUUGACCAUGUCUUAAACAUCACGGACAAGGUUUAUUCUCUUUUUACUAUUUAAAGCACCAGUCUUCCUUUGAUUCUUGUUUUUAGGAUGCUGCCUAUUCGAUAUCAAUCACCGUUUUAUUGAAGCAAUUACCUUUCUGUCUGUGCAGUGGGUGGAGCUCCAUGGAGAUCGUGCUGGUUAUGAUGAUCCUGCUAUUGUUACUGGCAUCGGUAGCAUAGAUGGUAGAAGUUACAUGUUCAUAGGACAUCAAAAAGGUAGAAACACAAAGGAGAAUAUUGAGCGCAACUUUGGGAUGCCUACUCCUCAUGGGUAUGAAAAUUUUCACCUUUAUCACAAGGAAACAUCUACCGCUACCUAAUUGUUUAACGCAUUAACUAGUAAACCUAAUGUAUCACCGAGUUCCGUUCUUAAUGAAUUGGCAAGAAAUACAGUAUCAGCUGAUGGAUUCCCUUUUAUUCUCUAUGUUGAAUUUUUACCAGCUACCGCAAAGCUUUGCGUAUGAUGUAUUAUGCUGAUCACCAUGGAUUACCUAUAGUUACGUUCAUUGACACUCCAGGAGCUUUUGCAGACCUUAAAUCUGAAGAGAUAGGCCAAGUAUGUAUUCAGCCGUACCUUCAAGUCAUAGUUCAUUUUUUGUAAAUAUUUUUUAGUUUUGGUGUUACUGUAUUUGCUGACCAUAUUCUUCAUAAAUCAUUAGGGCGAGGCAAUUGCACAUAAUUUGAGGACUAUGUUUGGCCUAAAGGUUCCAAUAGUUACAGUCGUCAUUGGGGAAGGUGGAUCUGGUGGCGCACUUGCCAUUGGAUGCUCUAAUAAAUUGUUGAUGAUGGAGAAUUCGGUAUUUUAUGUUGCCAGGUAAUUCAUUAAUUCAUAGAAGUGUUUUAUAUUUUGAUAUUGAGUCUAUAUCCAUCUGAUGCAAGACAGUUGGUCCUAACUUCACUUUGCUAUCUGUGGUGAGGUUAAUAUACCUACUAAAUUCACAUGGUCUUUACACUUCGUGCUUGGCAAGAGGUUAAUCUUAUGUCCAUUCGCAUUUUUUUGGCCACGAGUUUGGGAAAGUCAUCCAGAAAAUCAGAGCACAUAGUAAUAUCGAAAAAAAUUAUCUUUGACCACCAAAUGAGAACCCUGGGACAGGUGAUGUGGCCUCAUUUGUUGCAGAUCUCAAAACCAAAUGUAAUGGAAUUACGUACAUCACAGAAACAUACAGAAAUAAGUGACAAAAUAAUCUGUAACAACGGCUACGAUUUGCUGUGAUAGAGAACAUAAACGACCAUGAUUUUUGUAUCACCCUCUCUCUAUCGAAAAUGGGAAAAGGUGGGCUUGUGUACUAACCAAGGCGUCCACCCACUCAGGUUAACAUGCUAAACCCACAUCCAGAAUCAAUAAGCUUCCUCUCCUGCCCUCCUCCCCUUUUCCAGCUACCUUCAUACAUUGAGCAAUCCAAUAAAAUUUCUUUCUUUUUCGCUUUUGGCUUUGUUGUAAAAUUUGAAUCAUGCUUACGACCUUGUAGUUCUUAUUUAUUUAACACGUGAAUUUUUACCAUUUGAAAUCUAUUUACUGCCUUAUAUUCAUUGCGUGUUAUUAAAUGAACCGAUAUGCAGCCCAGAAGCGUGUGCAGCGAUCUUGUGGAAAACCUCAAAGGCUGCCCCCAAGGUCUCCUAUCCUCAAACUUUCUCUAUAUAAACUAAGUUUCUUGCACGAAAUAUACGUCUGAAACAUGAAAUAUGUACAGGCUGCCGAGAAGUUGAGGAUAACUGCUUCAGAGUUGUGCAAGCUUAAAAUUUCGGAUGGGAUCAUUCCGGUGACUAUCUUUAUCAACCUUUACUUUGUUUCAACACGGCAUACAAAGAUCAACAGUGUGUCUUUCCCUUUUGAUGAUGCGCUGUUCUAAGGAGUGGAAAUUAUUUUUUAACAGAAUUUGGUUCAAAUUGAAUGUUUGUAUAGUGUGCAACGUUCUCGAACAUCUUUCUUUGCUGCUCUUUUGACCUAGAGCAAUGUCGCAAUUUUAUGAGAGGAGGAAGAUGUUAGCUGUAAUUGUUUCAUGCAUUUUCAUGAAUUUAUCUUCUUGGUCAAUUAGUUAGGAGAAAAGGAGUGGGUAGAUGCGGCGGUUUGGAUGAGGUAGUUGUUAUGCAGGUUCGUGGGCGUUGAAGUUUCUGAUUUUUCAACUUCUCUGGGACCUCUAUACGCCGUUUGUUUCGUGAAUCUGGAUCUCCCUUUUACAUUUGAGAAGAAUUGGAGUAAACUUGACUCUUCAGAACUAGUAUCCAGUCCAAGUUUAUCAUUCUUUUCUGCGCUUCGUUCGGCGUAGCUUUAAUCUUUUACGUCUCAUUCUGUGAUUUUUGAAUUCUGGAUGAGAAGUGAGAUUGCAUUCUUGCAGGAACCUCUCGGUGGUGCACAUACUGAUCCCUCUUGGACCUCACGGCAGAUAAAGAUUGCAAUUCUUGAAGCAAUGGACGUGCGCGACAAAUUCUUACAUUUCAGUUUCGGGAAUCACACGAUUUUUAUCUAACGUUGAUAAAAAAACGUUUUCUGCUGCGUUCAGGAGCUGUUGAAAAUGGAGACUCCGAUACUGCUGCAGCAUCGGAUGCUGAAAUUCCGCCAUCUGGGAGGCUUUAUAGAGGGAGAGCCUGUGGAACCUUCAAAGAAAGUCAACAUGAAGAAGAAAGAGGAAACUGUCGUACCGAAGGAGCACACAUUGGCAGACCUUAACCUUGAAGACGAGAUCGAAAAAAUAAAACAACAGAUUCUCAAUUCUAGAACGGAGGCGGCUUCUCAGACCCCUGACCCGGGUCUGCAUGAGAUGAUCGAGAAACUUAAGGAGGAAGUUGACCAGGAAUUUACCGAAGCCGCGAGAACAAUGGGCUUCAUGGAGAGGCUGGAGGCUCUCAAGAGGGAGGUUGCGAAAGCCGGAAGCUCCGCAGAAAAACCGCUGGAUUCAAGCUUGAAGGAGAAGAUUCAGAGAGUGAGGCAAGAAUUUAAUGAGAGCCUACCCCAGUACCCCAAUUUCGCCAGCUUGAACUACAAGCUCAAUAUGCUGAAGGACGUGUUGAAAGCCAAGAAAGCCUCCGAGGGAAAUGAUAAGGCCUUGUCCCUGAAGCAGGAAGUCAACAAAGCACUGAAAUCGGUCUUAGAGCGGCCCGACAUCAAGGAGAAAGUGAAGUUGCUGAAAUCCGAGAUUUCCGAUGCUGGAGUGUUGAGGUCGUCUAACUUGGACGCUGGUCUGAAGGAGCGCAUCCUGAAGGUGAAGCGGGAAGUGGAGUCCCAAGUGGCCACGGCGUUGAAGACCCUGCAGCUGAGCGUUGAGUUGGUCGCACCCAAGGCGGAUAUCAAGUCAGGAGUGAAGGAGUUAUUUCAACAACCGCCCUACGCUGAUCUUGGAGAGGAAAUGGAAGAUUUGGAGGGCCAGAUUGCCAAGAGGAUCGUGGACACGAUCGAGUCAACGGACCUCAACGACAAAAUAGAAAUGUUGAAGCUGGAGAUGGCGAAGGCCGGGCCCUCGCCUGAUCUAGAAACGAGGAGCAGGAUCGAGUCAAUGAAGCAGCGGCUCAAGCAAGAUCUCGCGGAGGCCGUGACCUGCUCACAGUUGAUCGAUAAGUUUGACAAACUGAAGCAUGAGAUCUCCAGACGGAAAGAGAAUUCCCCAGACUCUGCAGAAAACCUCGAGGGGACUCCUGAAUUCCCAGGGAUGGAGAUCAACGUGGGCUCCAGUAGCCUUCUCUAG